CUCCUCAGGAGGUCACCGUCCACGGCCAACCCUUCGCAUCCCGGUACGCGUUUCAUAAGAACCCCAAUCAAUAACUUUCAGAUACAUGGGCCUCAUGGAUUACAUACCUGCCUCGUCUACCACCGAUGAGGGAGACUCUAUUCCCACUUUCGAGGCAAAGACGAUGGCGAACUACCUUCAGUGUUGGAAGCGUAUAUUUCGAUAUUUGCUUGGAGGCAGUUUGCUACUCAUGCAUGGGGUCUGUGCGCCACAGGUGGCGACGGGCCGGGGACAUUUUGCCAGGUGGUCCAAAGUCAACAAUGACAGCGAAAGUGAUGGCAACAGCGAUGGUGAGCCAGCGACAAUAGCAAUGGCGAUAAGAAGACUGCCACCUGCUAGAAACCCUGCCGGCCUGCCACUAAUAAGACGUCGAAACGAGUGGCCGUGGAUGAGUUCCUGCCCAACAAACGUUGUUGGGCAGGAGGCACUGCAGCCUCAAACCGAAAGGGGUGCGAAAAGGAUGGCUUGCGGCUUUCAGCUCGCCUCCACCCCGCCUUUCCUUCAGCAACUUCAGAUUUUCGCUCAAUUGCCCGCACCUCGAACAAUGAGUCGUUGGAAGCGUUGGAGAUCAAGAAAACCCAGCUCAGAUAUCGGGCCGGGUUCAGACAACGAAGGCCAGACAGAAGAGCUCUUCUCAACGGUCGGGGACUACGGCCUCCGCACCCUCUCUGAAGGCCAGGAUGUUAUAGUAGACAUCGUUUUCGUUCAUGGUCUUACAGGCAAUCGCGAGACAACCUGGACGCAUGGGAAGUCCGUGUUUUGGCCGAAGGAUCUCCUGGCGAAGGACCUCCCAAACGCCAGAAUCCUCACGUUCGGCUAUGAUGCCGACAUCAUCCGCGGGCUGAACACGGCAGGUUCGAACACGUUACGGGACCACGGCAAGGCUUUGGCCAAUGACGUUGCAAUGAGGAGAACAAGAACGAAUUCUAGUCUGCGCCCUAUCAUCUUCGCUGCCCACAGUCUUGGUGGAUUGGUUGUUGAACAAGCUCUCCUCGUUUCCCGCGGAUCAGCGCAGCAGCAUGAAAAGUAUCUGCUCGAAAGCACUAUCGCCAUCGCUUUCAUGGGAACGCCACAUCUUGGGUCCAACCUCGCCAACUGGAGCGCCCCUCUCACGAAGCUGUCGAACCUACUGAGGAAGACAAACAGCGAGAUAGUUGGCGUCUUGCGCCCAGGCUCGGAAAUGCUCGCUAGCCUCCAGCAGGAGUUCCAUACUAUGCUAGAGGAUCGGAGCCGCAAUGGGGGGAAGUUCAUGGAGAUAUUUUGCUUCUACGAAGAAGUAGCGUACCCGGGGAUCGGUGAGAUUGUCCCAAGGCAGUCCGCAAUCUUGCCCCGCUACCCAAACAUAGCUAUCCACGCAACGCACACUGGUAUGACGAAGUUCAGGGGGCAAGGGGAUACGGGCUAUGGGCGAGUUCGUGACCAGCUAUGGCUCUGGGUCGAGAAGGCUAAGCGGGAGUCAGACCAGCCAGACCAAAACCCACCCGAGCCCUCACAACUCUCACAACUCUCACAACUCUCACAACUGUCACAAGAUUGCUUGAAAUCACUGGCUUUCCCAGACAUGAACAGCCGCUCCCAUGACAUUGCCCACGCCGUCACAGGGACAUGUGAAUGGCUCCUUCCACACGAGAUGUAUAAGUGCUGGGCUGCUUGCGAUCAAGGCCUGCUCUGGAUCAAGGGGAAGCCAGGCUCUGGGAAGUCGACAUUGCUAAAAUACGCCCUUGACAAUCGCAGAGACAUAACCGGCGCUAAAGACGGCAACCUUGUUCUUUCGUUCUUCUUCCACGGUCGCGGCAAUGAACUCCAAAAGACUCCCUGUGGCCUUUUCCGGUCUCUCCUUCAUCAGGUCCUUGGGCAGGCCCCUAACGCAUUGCCAGACCUUGUCGACACUUUUGAAAAACGGUGCAAGGAAAUGGGCAAGCCAGAAGAAAAGUGGCACUGGCAUCCAGAAGAACUGUGGGGCUUCUUCAAGUCAUCUCUUCCAAACAUCCUCACAACUCGCUCAGUCUGGCUAUUUAUCGAUGCAUUAGACGAAUGUGGCGAAGAGCAUGCAGUCAACCUUGCUGACAAGUUCAAGUCCUUGUUCCAAGGUCACAUACCCAUGGACUCGCAGUUUCAUAUCUGCUUUACCUGUCGACACUAUCCGAUUUUGAAUGCAUACUGCAAGUUCGAAAUUUGCCUUGAGGAGGAGAACAAGGAGGACAUUUCUACUUCUGUGAAUGACUGGCUUUCUGCAUUCCAUAUGCGAACACCAUCUACGAUUCCAGCUUUAAUUACGGAACAUGCCGCCGGUGUUUUUAUGUGGGCACGUCUUGUGGUAGACCAAGUUCUGGACCUUGAGCGCAAGGGCAAGGGAUUGGCAGCGAUUGAAGCAAAAAUCCAUGCGGUCCCUCAGAAGCUCGAUGCCCUAUACCAUGACCUCACCCAAACGAUGGAACCGGCCUCUCUGAAACUCAUUCAAUGGAUCUGUUUUGCCACGCGGCCUCUGUCAGUCGAUGAAUUGCGGUGGGCCAUGGUUGUCGACCCCAAUUGCCCAUACCGCACAUUGCUGGAAUACGAGAGCGCAGAAGACUAUAUUCCUGACGGCGAUCGGAUGAAGAGACAAGUUCAGACGCUUAGUUGCGGUCUUGCCGAGGUCAUCCCAUCCGUCCGGUCAACACUGUCAUCGGAUGCGGCGUCUACGCUGUCAUCGGACGCGGAGUCUACGCUGUCAGGGGAUGUGGGGGUUGUUCAGUUCAUCCAUCAGUCUGUCAAGGACUUCUUUGUUGGGAAGGGCUUAUUAGCACUCGACAGCAGCUUAACGCCAACCCAUGAAGCAAUCAGAAUGUCACACUUUCGACUAUCCAGGAUUUGCAUACGCUACUUAUCAAUGGAGGAGAUCAGUCAGUCAACAAGCUACAAGAAUAGCGACUUUCCUUUCUUGCGCUACGUUACAACCUCGUGGGUGGCGCAUACAAAGCAAAGCGACACUAGAUGCACCCCUCAAGAGGAUAUUCUAGACUUGUUUGCUUGGCCGUCAAACGCUCUUGUGGAACUCUGGGGACGUGUUUACGGAAUAAUAGGUAAGUAUUCCAAUGACUGUCCACCAACAGAGACCAAUCUGGUACACGUUAUGUCGAGGUAUGAGGUCUUAGGGCCGUUAAUAGCCAUUUUACAAAGGGCAGAUCAAGUUGCCAGCGAUAUCGAUACUAAGGAUCUUGCCUAUAUCGACGCAAAGGAUGGAUAUGGCCGGACGCCGCUGUCGUGGGCUGCCGCGGGGGGGCACGAGGCUGUCGUCAGGCUAUUGCUUAGCACAGGCAAGGUCGAGAUCGACGCAAAGGAUGGAUAUGGCUGGACGCCGCUGUCGCGGGCUGCCGCGGGGGGGCACGAGGCUGUCGUCAGGCUAUUGCUUAGCACAGGCAAGGUCGAGAUCGACGCAAAGGAUGGAUAUGGCCGGACGCCG